AUGGCGCGGGGAGGGGCCACCGGCUGGCUCGGACCGUCGGAGACAUCCGCUUCCGGGGCUGCAGCCAUCACGCUCCCCGGCUCGGCAGGCCCGCCAGGCUUUACGCAGGCCCAGACUCCUGCCGCGACCAUCUCUGAGUCUCUGCGGCUCUCGCCCCGCUGCCCGCCGUCUGCGCUGCGCCGCCCAUCCUCUCAGGCAGUCAUGUUGGAGGCUCUGGGCUCGCUGCCCACGCAAAUGGAUUACAAGGGUCAGAAGCUAGCUGAACAGAUGUUUCAGGGAAUUAUUCUUUUUUCUGCAAUAGUUGGAUUUAUCUACGGGUACGUGGCUGAACAGUUCGGAUGGACUGUCUAUAUAGUUAUGGCCGGAUUUGCUUUUUCAUGUUUGCUGACACUUCCUCCGUGGCCCAUCUAUCGCCGGCACCCCCUCAAGUGGUUACCUGUUCAAGAUUCGGGAACAGAAGACAAGAAACCAGGGGACAGAAAAAUUAAGAGGCAUGCUAAAAAUAACUGAUUGGAGUUUUUGUGGUUCAGCUUUACUGUAGCACCUGCUUUUGUCUCAUGUGAAUAAGCUCAAUUGUUUUCCUACUCAAAACGUGUUAAAAACCACCUAUGUUCUUAUGGCGCAGCUGUGUGUAGGUUGUUUUCUUUAUAUUUCAUUUGUAACCCAACUGGGUUUUGAUUUAUAAACAGUUUAGGCCCUCUCUUAAUAAUCUUGCCCUGAAAUGGAGAACAGAAAACACAAGUAUGCUAAGUUUCUUUCAGGUCUGUAUAAAUAUGAAGAAUAAAUGCCUCAUAAAUGAUAGAAUUUAACUCUCCAAGUUUUAUAAUUCAUUGAAUAAACCGUUUAAUGUUUUCAAUUAAAAUUCACAGCACAAGUCUGAAUCUAAAGGGUCUUUUUCUCAUUCUUGUUCUGCAAGACUAUUAGUAGAAAACAAAUUUAGAAGUCCGCUGUCCUGCAAGUGUCAGUCAGUACCAUUUCUAUUCUUUUCUGUACCUGCAAGUUCGAAAUAUAUGUCUUUCUCCACAACGGCAAGCAUCUAUGAAAAAACUUACUAAUGUAAAUUUGUGGUAAAAUAAGACUAUGGUAUCACUGAAAUAAGGCUGUUAAUAAGCAAAGAACAUUUAAUCCAUGCUUUGCUUGGGAUGGACCAAAGAGAAAACCCAGAAAGCUGUAAACUCUUUUUAAAAUUCCCAGGGGG